AAGGACAACCUUUGGCUCUGAAACUGCCAUGUCAGAAAUAACACCCUUUCACGCCUGAAUUUCUUCCUCCUCAAAAUUUUCAAAUAUUCAUCACCCACUUAUUACUACUAUAUAGUAAGCAAAUAUCUCACUCUCUCUUUCUCUCUCUUUUCAAUUCCCAUUUUUUCUCUCCUGCUUCCAUUUUUCACAUUUGUUUUGUAUGGUCUAAUGGCUAAGUUACUCUCUCCUGUGUGCACAGAAGCUCUCAAAUUCCAAAACCCAUUAUUACUGAAUACUACUUGCUCAAGAAGCUCAUGGAGUAUCUUGGAAAAGAUCAGGACUCCUUGGACUGUGGUGGGUGGUGCUGCCAAGAGAAGAAGAGGCUGUGGUAGAGUCAGGGUUGCAACUGAUAACUCUGCUUCAACUAACUCAGUUGCUGAUGACUACUAUGAGGUUUUGGGCCUGCUUCCCGAUGCCACACCGGGGCAAAUCAAGAAAGCAUACUACAAUUGCAUGAAAGCUUGCCAUCCAGACCUAAGUGGUGACAAUCCAGAGACCACAAACUUCUGCAUGUUCAUAAAUGAGGUCUAUGCGGUGCUCAGCGACCCUGUGCAGCGAAUGGUUUAUGAUGAAAUUCAUGGGUAUGCUUUGACUGCAGUCAAUCCUUUCGUUGAUGAUUCCAGCCCAAAGGAUCAUGCAUUUGUUGAUGAGUUUAGUUGUAUAGGGUGCAAAAAUUGUGCCAACGUGGCCCCGGAUGUCUUUGGAAUUGAGGAGGACUUUGGGAGAGCCAGAGUCUACAGCCAGUGUGGGAACCCUGAAUUAGUUCAACAAGCAAUUGAUACUUGCCCAGUUGAUUGCAUCCAUUGGACAUCUGCUGCACAACUAUCCUUGCUUGAAGAUGAAAUGCGCAGAGUUGAAAGAGUAAAUGUCGCAUUUAUGCUUUCAGGAAUGGGAACAGCAUCCAUGGAUGUUUUCAGAAUGGCAAAUAGUCGGUGGGAAAAGCGGCAAGCAAAAGUUUUGGCACAAGCUAAACGGAGAAUGAGGAAGCAGAAAAAUUCUGAUAAAAGUGAAUCAUACUGGAGUAACCUAUGGAACAAGCCCAGAGACUCCCAAAAUUCUGAGGAAGGAGCGAAAGAGAGAGCAAAGAGAGCUGCUGCAGCGGCUCGGAGAUGGAGGGAGUACUCAAGGAAGGGUGUCGAUAAACCUCCAACAUAUAAACUCCCAGAGGCAAUCUCCGACGAGGAAAAUUAACCAGUAAAUUCCAAUACCCCAUUUAUAUUUAGUCAAAUGUAACUAAUUUACCAUUUCGCAUUUAAUCAAUGCCAAAUUCAUAUUGAUCUUGUAAUAGUGUAAUUAACGUGGCUGUAAAUACAAUGAAAUCAAUAAACGAAAAAAAAGAAAGAUCUUAUAGAACUUUAUGGUAGCUUAUUAUUUGUUCCAUUACAUUGAGCUCUAUAUUCAAGGUUGGUUUAAAAGGUGA